CUAUGGAGGUCGCUCGAAUAUCUUCAGACGUCGUUUGCUCCUCCGGUGGGCGCGCCGAGGAAUAGAGAGACAAAGAGGGACGAAGAGAGGAAAGCGACAUUGGAACAGUUAUAUUCAUACAGAGGGAGAGAGAUUAAUUGAGGGAGAAUGGCGAUCAGAAAGCUUCUGCUUCUAUUGAAACCGAUUGAUCCGUACCCAUUUCUUCAAACAGAAGGCGUGUCGCUCAUCAAAAACCCCAAGGUACUUCAAUAUCUAGAAAGCAGGUGCAAAGUACACAGGAAUGCGAUAAACUUUUGUCAGGAAAUACUAAGUAAGAAGCCAGUCGAGUGGAAACCCAUUUCACGUAACGACUUAUCUCAUCCCAUUCAUGAUGUUGAUAUGGUCAUCACCGUUGGUGGAGAUGGCACCCUCUUGCACGCCAGUCAUUUCAUCGACGAUUCCGUUCCGGUUCUAGGAGUCAACUCUGAUCCAACACAAGCUCACGAGGUGGAACAACUCAGCGAUCAGUUUGACGCUAGUAGAAGCACUGGUCAUCUUUGUGCCGCAACAGUUGAUAAUUUUGAACAGGUACUGGAUGACAUUUUGUUUGGCAGAGUAGUUCCUUCGAAAGUAUCGAGAAUAUCACUGAAGUUAAAUUCAGAACCUCUUCUUUCACACGCACUUAAUGACAUUUUGAUCGCACACCCAUGCCCUGCUGCGGUUUCAAGGUUCUCCUUCAAGAUUAAGAACAAAGCUGGCGAGACCCGUCCAAAGACAGUGAACUGCCGCUCGAGCGGUUUAAGAGUCUGCACAGCUGCUGGCUCAACUGCAGCGAUGCUGUCAGCAGGUGGGUUCGUGAUGCCAAUGUUGUCUCGUGAUCUACAGUUUAUGGUCAGAGAGCCAAUCUCUCCCGGUUCAACCGCUACUCUUAUGCAUUCAGCGUUCAAACCGAACCAAUCCAUGGAUGUUAACUGGUAUUCAGACCAUGGAACUAUCUACGUCGACGGUUGUCAGGUUCGCUACAACGUGCAGCUCGGUGAUACGAUCGAGAUAUCAUCUGAUGCGCCGGUCUUAAACGUUUUCUUGUCUCAGGGCUUUGCUCAGAUCAGAUCAAGGUACUAGAUUUGUUCAUAAAGUUAGAGUUGGUACAUUGACACUCUCUUCACUUUUCAGACUCACUUGUCUAUAGAUACGGUAAGAUUCUUUGGUCCGAAAGAUUCGUUGAUUAUUGAAUCUUUUGGUGCUUGAAGAAGUUUAAUUGAAGUAGCUAUCUUUCUUGAACCAAGAACGUGGAUGUAUAUGAUCCUCUCGAAUGAAAUAUAUAUUCUAAGAAAAUAAUAUCGUAAUCAUCUAGAAUUCUCUCUUUCCCGUGCAAAUUGUUAAUUUUGGGAAAUAUCUUUUUUCAAAAUGGGACCUUAAACAUGAUUGAUUGAUUAAUGCUCUGUCUGUUAAUUAACUUGUUAAUGGCUUCAUUGGCUUGUGUUAUUGAAAACAAAAGAUCUUGUCUGAUGUAGGUCCGAAUCAUCCG